CUUCCUGUUCUGUUUAUCUUGUCAAUCAAGAAUUUUCGGGAUUUAAUUCAGUGUUAUUGCUUUAAAGCGUUCGCCAAAACCUCAAUCGAGUUACUUAGGAAUAUUAAGUAUAGAGUUGUAAUCCAUACUGACAAGUGCUUAUCUUUAUUAUUGAUUUGUGAAAUCACUGACAAGUCAGCAGUCACACCGCAUUCGGAAGAAAAACUACAGUACUGUAUUACAAUUACAAUCACAGUUAAAUAACAACAAUUGUUUUACUGUUUUGUGAUUACACAAUUCGCUUAGCAGGAUACUGGUGGAAGCAUGGAUCCCUCAGUGACACUCGUGAUAAAGGCUCCAAACCAGCGCUUUGAAGACCACACAGUAGACUGUAUGCUUGACUGGACUGUCAGAAAGUUGAAACAACAUCUCACAAAUGUUUACCCCAGCAAACCAAAUGAGCUGCACCAAAAGCUCAUCUACUCCGGUAAACUUCUCCAAGAUCACUUGACAUUGAAGGAGGUUUUACGGCAGUUUGAUGAUGGAAGCAACAAACACACAGUGCACCUUGUCUGCUCAGUGUCACCACAGAUGGAAGCCAAGUCAUAUUCUAGCAAUAAUACCAGAGAAUCUCAAACUUACACACGUCAAAGCAGUUCUAGCUCAAAUACUUCCCAGGCGAGUCCAGACCCGAGUGGGCUUCGAUAUCGCGGGCACUCGCCUGUCAGCCCUGAUCAGGCUGCAUCAGCGUCACCCAACCAGAAUGUGUUCAACCAAUACAGUAUGCCACAGAUGUCUUUCACCCCGCCUCAGUUUGCGGGUGGGUUUUCCCCAGAGACAGCGAUGUUUAGUGCCAUGAUGCCCCCUUCCCCAUCUGGCUAUUCCCCAGAACAGUACGCCUGGAUGCAGCAGAUGUACGCUCAGUAUAUGGCCCAGUACAUGCAAUAUUACCAGCAGGCUGGCUACCCAACCCCUCCACCCACGCCUAGCCUACAGGCAGCCCCACAGCAGUACCCAGCCCAAGAGAACCAGGCUGAAGGGGACGCAGCUUUUGGUGGCGAUAUGGAAGAUGAAGAGUUCCAGAACAGGGACUGGCUCGACUACCUUUACAUGUUCAGCAGGUUCAUGGUUCUCAUCGGCAUUGUCUACUUUUACUCCAACUUCACACGAUUUCUAAUGGUGGCUGUAUUCUUCCUCGCUAUGUAUGGGUUUCAGAUGGGCUGGUUCAGAGGUCGUCCAAGGAGGAACCAACCUGUGAAUGGACAGGAACCAGUCAACCAACAAGCACAGGAGAUCCCUGCUCCAGAAAAUGUCAAUCCACAGCCAGAUAAUACUCAGGCUGCCAAUGUAGAUGGCAAUGAGGAGGGGUUAAAUCCUGAUUCAAGUAGCACCAACCCAACAGACCCCCCGACCCCACCCGCUCCAGGAAAGCUCCAGGUCACCCUGACCUUUCUCGUCAGCUUCUUCACCUCCCUUUUACCCAGUCCGCCGCCGGCUGUCAAUGCGAACUGAUGGAAAUGUAACACAGUGCUUUACAGUGUGAUCUUCCCCAAGUGUCAGUGCAUGGAACUUUGUUUCCAAAGAUGCAUGUACUAGGAGUUGAAUAUAGUGGUACUGAUACAGGUAUCAGGCUCCUACAAACGGUAUCCCAGCUCCUUGGCAAGGAUGUUUUCUCUCUGCUUUCUACCAAGGAAAAGGUGAUUAAGGAAUUCUAGUUGUUCAAUUCAAUCUUUAACUGGGUUUGUUAUCAUCAUGAAUGUCUAGUACAGUAAAAAAAGUUUUGUGAUCCUUGUAUUGGACUAAAAAGUUUACUCAAAAUUGAGAAAUGGACUUUAAGUAUGGAACUUACUGAACUGAAGUUUUGUUAGCAUUAUUUACAUUGUACUUGCUUACUACUGUGAUUUAUAAUGCAGUCAUGUCUUGCAUAAAUAUGAAGCAUAAUCGUGUAUAUUACAAUUACCAAUGGUCUAUAUUUAAUAGUGUAUUUAGUUUGGAUGUUCAUCAUUUGAUGUGGUAAAGGCACUUUUGUAAUGAUAUUGAAGGUUUCUUUAUUUUGUAACAUUUAUACUGGUUGUGCCUCAUUCAAUCAUUUAGUUUUAAAUAUUAUAUCACAAUCACAUCUUACAUGUGCUGUAUAUGGGCUAAUGGUACACAUCUACAAUAUAAUUACUAUUUAAUUUCUUCUAUUCAAAUUGUUAAUUUAAUUUUCUUUUAAAUUGGCCAUAUAAGAACUCAAUUAUGUUCAAAGUUUAUUACCGGUAUGUGAUAUACAUGUAAGUGGCAACUACAAUCCUUAUCUAUAAAUGCAAAUGUGUAAAUACAGGCUUUACUGCGAUGACUUUGUACAAGGCACUGAUAAAAAUCUUUGGAAUAGUUAACUUGUUUAUAUUGACAUAAUAUGUUUUGAGAUAUUUAGUUUUGCUUUAUGAUAUACUUUGCAAUGAGAACAGUCAGUGAAAUGAAAUGGGUAUUUCACUUUUUAUAGCUGAAAAUAUCAAUUUUAUUUUCUUCACUGUUUUUAAGUUUUACCCUGUUUUCACUUCCAUAUUCAAUGUUAGCUUGCACAGGGCUGGUCGUUUUAUAUCCUUUUUAGGCAACAAAUAAAAAGAAAAAAAUGUUUUUUCAGUGUAAGUUGCAAUAUUUUUCACACUGUGAACACCAAAAGUUUAUAUUUCACAACCCUUUUCAAACAUAGCUUUUGGUGCUCACUCAGUGAAAUAUUUUGGGAUCUUAAACUGAUACAAUUAUGCAGAUUAUUUAGAUAUUAUUCAGCUUAUAAAAUAAUAUUUCAUUUAUUGUUCAUCUAACAAAAACAAGAAACAUAUAAAUUACCGUCUUAUCCGAAUAAAACUAACCAGAAAUAAGAAUAAAACUAACCAAAAAUAAGAUGGAAUUGUUUUAAUCAAGCUUAUCGAAGUUCUUAUUGGCCUAGUUUUGACAAUUCAGCAUUUAAGUGAUUAAAUGAAGUAUGAAAAGUGCAAUGCAGUUGUUUAAAAUGUUUUUAACUUUUAGUUUUACUUUCAAAACAAUUGAUAUUUCCAAAUUGCUGUUUGAGCCGUUUUAUAUUUCUGUCAGUCGAAACAUUACAUACAUGUUUUUUAUGACCAUACAGUCUAACGGUAACCUUGGUUAAUUUUUCAACUGUUUACCGUAAAUGGUUUAAAUCUGUUAUGACUGACCUGUUGAAAAGAGAUUCAUGCUAAUUUUGUGUUUUGUGUUUGUAACAAAUUGAUUUUUUGGGGGUUAAUUUGAUAUCAAGUGAGUUCUUUUCAAUCAUAAAUAGCUUUGAAUAAUUGUUUAUCUUCAUUCUGAAUCAGAUAACCAGUUCAUUUUUUGGAAACAAAAAUAAAUUUUACAGUCAGUUUUAUGCCCAUUUAGAUUCUAUGAAACCUGUUAAUUUUUGUGAAUGUAAAUACAUCAUAUAAAGCAGCCGGCUGCUUUCUGUUACUUUUAUAAACAUUUUAAUGUGGAAAGAACUGUUAUCUGAAACUGACAAGUCAUUUGCA